CCCGCCUGUCUCGGAGCCUGUUAGCGGAAGUGCUGCUGCUUAUUGCGGGGUGAUGGCUUCAAGGUUACUUUGCAGAGCUGGAGAGCUAGCCGCACAGGCCUUGAGGGCCAGCGGUCCCAGGGGGGCAGCCGCGGUGCGCUCCAUGGCGUCCGGAGGUGGUGUUCCUACUGAUGAGGAACAGGCGACUGGGCUGGAGAGAGAAGUUUUGAUGGCUGCACGGAAGGGACUGGACCCAUACAAUAUACUACCCCCAAAGGGAGCUUCAGGCACCAGGGAAGACCCUAAUUUAGUCCCCUCCAUCACCAACAAGAGAAUAGUGGGCUGCAUCUGUGAAGAGGAUAACAGUACAGUCAUCUGGUUCUGGCUGCACAAAGGUGAUAUCCAGCGAUGCCCUAACUGUGGAGCCCAUUACAAGCUGGUGCCCCACCAGUUGGCCCACUGAGCCCCUGCACUUACUCAAAAUGUGCACUUACUCAAAAUCUUCUUUCCAAUAAAGACUAGCCUUUGUAUUGGCUUCUUCUCCCAUA